AGCUGACUCAGUCGAAUCGGUGGUGUCGAAUCUGCCGGAUGCUCCAGAAGUCACACUGUCGGGCAGGAGCUACCCCGUGGGCCCCGUGGAGUUUGUGUUACAUCGUUCGAAGGGUUCGGCCCUCCCCCUGCGUUGCCGUUGCUGGUGAAUACCGGAAGGGGGCUUACCUGUCCAGUUGAUGCUGUUAUUGCUGUCUGUGACAUCUGACUGGUCUGUGUUUAGUCUUCCCUCGUUUUGUUGUUGUUGGAGUGCUUCAAUCCUGUCAAAACCAUCAUCAAGCGGCGUUACCAUCGCAACCAGCCAAGUGUGGUCCAGUGGUGUGGUGAACAGUAUCGCGCUGUGCAGUGGCAGUGUAUGCUGGCUGUUGUGUAGGAAGCAAACAAAGAAAAAACCUUCCUUCCUUCCUAACGACCGAAUCAGUUACAACCUGGUGGCAAAAAGCCCAAAACCCUGGUGCCGGAACCGAGUGACCUAAACGCGGUGAACCGGAGCGAGUGUUCGCGUGCGUGUGUGUGUGUACCUUCGCAAACAUCCAAGCUUUCUCGGUGCAGAUUCACGGCCACGGUGGUGCGCUCUGGAGCGGUUGCUUUCUUCUGUUGCUUGUUUUUUCCCUCCCCUUCAGCGUGUUGCUGUCUGCUACACAGUCAGUCCGCGCGAAUCUGUUCCUGUUUGCGCAGUCAGCGUUACAGGUGAAGCAAGUGCCGAAAAAAAACAACAACUCUUUCUUGUGCCGGUGGCAGAAGACUGCACUGGCCACUGGCGGGGUGAUGCAGUGCAGUUUGGUGAGUUCUACGCCGACUGCAGACCAGAACGGAUCGGAGGCAUCUGAAGCAGAACGGAAGCGAGGCGGUGUAACACGCGUCACUGACCCGGUGGUGGUGGUGCGUGCGUGUGCGGGAGCGCGUAUUACGUGAUCUUCCGUGGGGUUCGUGUCUUGCGUCCAAAAAUUGGCGCAAAGUGGUUGAGUAAAAAAAACGAGCCAACGAGAGAAGCAAAAACGUGGAAGUGCAUUCCAAACCGGUGCACUAGAAAGGCGGAACGAAAAGGGCUACCUCUCACUUGUGUGUGUGUGUGGGAUGAGUGCACUUUAGUACUGGCCCGGUGCUGCUACUGCUGCUGCUGCCAUCAUCUUUCGUUCGUGUGGAAGUGUGGAGGAUAGCAAAACAAAAACAUCCCGACCGGGGCCGAGUUUCUCACCCUUUUUGCAGUGUGAAGGUGGAGGAAAGGUGAAUUAAAAUUAUGUUUUUGAUAAGCCAUUUUGCGGCCGCACCACUAUGUUGUGACUUUCACCACUUCCCAUCAGCCGGUCGGUGUGUGGGAUGCUCGUUAAAGGGCUCUUGUUGAUGUUGUGAGGCGAAGUGGUAAAGAAUGAGGUAGUGUAAUCGGUUUAAAGUGAAGUGUAAGAAGUGUACACGUGAGCGUGUGUGUUUGUGUUUUAUAGCCAAAAACAGAAGCAAAAGCGAAUGAAAGCUUGCUGACUGAGGGAGUGAUUGCGAGAAAGUUUGUGCUAAACAACAACGUGCUUGCGGAGCUGACAGCGACGGGCGGGCGUAAAAGGGGAAGCAUCUUCAGACACCUGUAAAUGCUCAUUGAUGUGCGGAAAGCCGCUCGAACAUGGAACAGAAUCGCUCAACCGAUAAGCUACAGAUGGAAAUACUCAAGCGAACCGUCUGCCGGCUCAAACCGUCGGCCCACCGGUGCUCAACUGGCGGAUCUCAUUCCUUCACGCAGCUAGUGCUCUGCCUCAUCCUAAGCGCCACCCUGGUCAGCUGCAACCGUGCGCCAGUGUUUCUGAUCGACGAUCAUGCGGAAAUUGUUAUACGAUUGAGGGAGUUCCCCGAGACGCCCGUGGGGACGCUGAUCUACCGGCUGCGUGGGUACGAUGCGGAUGGCGAUCCGCUUACCUUUGGCGUGCAGAAGAGUGCCGACAGCCACAUCAUAAGACUGAAACAGAACACUUCCAGCGAAGCGUUCGUCUACCUCAACCACGAGCUCGACCGGGAGGCACGCGAAGAGUACACGCUCAUCCUCACGCUCACCGAUGGGCGGCUCGGUGAGGGUAACUUCGUGACGCAGAGCUUCCUGCUGCUGGUGGAAGAUAUCAACGAUAAUGAGCCGAUCUUUAAACCGUUCGCCUCUGUGCUGGAGGUGGCGGAGGACAGUCCGCCAGGGAUUUUGACCACGCUGGAGGCCGUCGAUAAGGACGAGGGUGCGUACGGGCAGGUCGUGUACUACAUCCAAGGAUUGAGCGAGGAGAACAACGUGUUUUCGAUCUCGACUUCCAAUGGGAAGGGUGUGGUACGGCUGGCCCGAGCGCUGGAUUACGAGCGGCAACAUUUCUAUCACAUCAAUGUGCUGGCAGUGGAUCGGGCGAUACAGGGGAGGAUCAACACUGGAACUGCAGCACUGCUCGUGAGAGUGAAGGACGUGGAGGACCAGCCGCCCGAGUUUCUGGUAACGCAACCGGUGGUACGAAUAUCCGAGGAUGCUCCAAUUGAAACGGAAGUGAUGCGAGUCAAAGCUGUGGAUGGUGAUCGAGGAAUUAACAAUCGAAUUAUUUACGGGAUUUCAAACAACGGCAGUGAGCUGUUUGAGAUUGAUCGGUUGAAGGGUUCACUGCGAACGAAACAGAAGCUCGACAGAGAGGACUCCAAGAAUCCCAUCAACGGUGCUUUCAUACUGGAAGUGGUUGCGAUUGAAGAGAGCAAGCUACAGCCUGCGCCUUCCUCAACAAUGGAGAUCACCGUGAUCGUGACGGAUGUGAACGACGAAAUACCACGCUUCCGAAGCGACGGCUAUGAGUGUGAGAUUGGCGAGAACGCACAGGAGAACACGCUGGCCCGGUUCAUCGACGGCAGCAUCAACGAGGUGUUUGAUUACGAUCAGGGUAAAAACGGCACGUUUCGACUGUCGCUCCAGCCACCGAGUGACAUCUUCGAGGUGAUUCCAAAGCGAGCGAUCAACGAGGCCACAUUCGGGUUGCGUGUGAAGGAUCCGUCCAUGCUCGAUUACGAGCGGGUUCGGGAGCUGUCCCUCACAGUGGUGGCGAGUGAGGUUGAGUCCGCUGGUCGUACCAGUACCGCCCAGAUACGGGUGGUCGUGCUGGAUCAGAACGAUAACUUUCCCGAGUUUUCACAGCCCGUCUACGAAGUUGAUGUACCGGAGAAUGUGACAGCCGGUACGGUGUUGGUGCAGCUACAAGCAACGGAUAGUGAUUCGGGCCUGUUCGGCACGGAGGGUGUACGGUACACGAACCUGACUGGUAGUAUCUCGAGCUUUCUCCAUCUGGAUCCACACGCUGGCACGGUGACGCUUAUGGCAUCGGAGAGUCCCGUGUUUGAUCGUGAAAUCAUCCAAAAGCACUACCUCUCGGUGGAGGCCCGUGAUAAUGGCGGUCGGGGCAAUCGGAACACGGUGCCACUGAUACUGAACGUGCUCGAUGUGAACGACAAUGCCCCAGUGUUUGUGCAGAAGCGGUACGAGGUGAGACUGAAGGAGAAUGCGUUUGAGUUUGAGUCCCCGAUCGUGGUGGAAGCGCGCGAUAGCGACCUAGAAGGCUCGCCGAACAGUGCGGUAGAGUAUCGGUUGAUUGGUGCUCACCAUUCCGACUACUUCCAUGUGGAUAGGCGCACGGGAAGACUCUCAGUGCGUGAAGCAGUUGACUUUGAACGGUUGGAAAGUGGUGGCGGUAGUGGUGACACGCGAAUCAUUGCACUUACCAUUGAGGCGGCGGAUGGUGGGGAGCCACCGCUGACUGCCCAGGUCGAGGUGACGGUGUACGUGCAGGACGUGAACGAUUAUGCGCCCGUUUUUCUGGAGUCACAGUACGCGAUCGUCAUACCGGAGGACACGCCGAGCGGGUUGCCCGUGCUGCGCGUGACCGCGAUGGAUGGGGAUGGUUCUUUUCCCAACAACCACGUCACGUACCGGAUACAGCAGGGUGGUGAUGGUAGGUUCGUAAUAGGAGCUAGUACAGGCGAGAUAUCGAUCACGCACGGUGCCUCGCUGGAUCCGAAUCUGCUCGCGCCCGAUGCGCUGGGUUCGGGGUCAACGUACGUGCUGGAGGUGUUCGCUACCGAUGGUGGCAAUGGAGAUCAGCAGCUGCAAGGAUCCUGUCUGGUGAACGUAACGAUCACUGAUGUUAACAAUAAGCCACCGUACUUUGUCGGCCCUACGGCGGUGGCUGUGCGUGAGAAUACGCCCGUCGGCACCGAAGUGUACCGGCUGAUGGCCACCGAUCCGGACGAGGGUGCCAUGCUGCGGUACUACAUCGAUCGAAGCCUAUCGGAGGGCAAGACUGAGGAGGGUGCACUGGUGAAGCUGGACGAUUAUGACUUUGCGGCGGCCUUCAUACUGAACGAAACGAAUGGACUGCUCAAGAUAGCAAAGCUGCUGGAUCGCGAGAAGAUUGCCGAAAUCAAGCUGGCCUGCGUGGUGGAGGACGUAGCGGCCGAGCGGGGAGACCAGAUGGCAAACACCUUCCUCAAGAUCACCGUGCUCGACGAGAACGACAACAAUCCCAAGUUCCGCAAACCGUUCUACAAACACUCCAUUGCGGAAAACAGUCAGUACGGUGUGGCGGUAUGUACGGUGGUGGCCGAAGAUGCCGAUCAGAACAAAACGGUCAAGUACAGCUUGGAAGGGGAGAAGGGUGUGCUGGAGUUGCUGCACGUUGAUGACGAGACGGGGGAGAUUGUGGUGCGCAAUCGGAUCGAUCAUGAGGAGUACAGUUGGUUGAACUUCUCGGUACGGGCGGCUGAUACGGGCACGCCGCCGAGAGCGUCCUUUGUGGAGGUGUUCGUACAGGUGCUGGAUGAGAACGACAACAAUCCUUACUUUGUGGACAGUGUGAACGAUUACUACGUGUCGGAGAAUGCAAGCGUGGGAGCGGAGAUUGCGAUCAUACUGGCGAAGGAUCUAGAUUCUGGGGAUUUCGGACGCAUCACGUACAUACUGGAUCGUGUUAGCUCGAAGGAAAAGUUUAGCAUUGAUCCGGAGAAAGGAAUACUACGAGUAGCGGGAGCAUUGGAUCGGGAAGAGACAGCUGAGUAUAUGUUGGCGGUAGAGGCAUGGGAUAACUAUCCUUACGGCUAUCUCAAUGGGGAAAGUCGCAAUGCUUUUAAGCACAUACUGAUACACGUGCUGGACGACAAUGACAACGUUCCCGUGAUCCAGAAACCUUCCGGGUGUAGUAUGAUCACCGAGUACCACAACAUCAACGAUCCGAUCGUGAAGCUGCGGGCAACCGAUGCGGACGACCCAACCAAUGGAAACGGUCAACUGAGCUUCGACAUCGUGGACCCCUCGGGGAUAUUCUACAUCCAGCAGGUGUCGGCCCAGUACGCAGAAAUAUAUUCCCGUGGUCCGCUGAAGAAUCUGCACGGCAACUACACGCUGGAGCUGAUAGUGAGCGAUCUUGGCGGCGUACCGAACACGGCCCGAGAGUCGGUGGACAUCUGUGUGACGGAUUUCAACGACCAUGCGCCAGUGUUUGUGGUCCCCAGUGGAAAUACAACCGUGAAGGUGUUUGAGAACACAACGCUCGGUAAGCCGUUCUUUCAAGUGCACGCGUACGAUGAAGAUGUCGGCGAAAAUGCGAUUGUACGCUACCGACUGAAGAUGGACACGAUGGGCAACUUUCGCAAGUUUUCCCUCGACAAGGAGACGGGCGAGCUUAGCCUCGCUGCGCCUCUCGAUCGCGAGCAGCAGAUGAUGUACGAUCUGCGCAUCGAAGCGUACGAUCAGGGCAUACCGACGCCGCUCAGCAGUACGGUCGAUCUGAUCGUGUACGUGCGGGACGUCAACGACAAUCUACCUCAGUUUUUGCUCAAGGAAAUCAGUCUUAACUUUACGGAGCACAUGACACCGGGCACGGAACGAAUACGCCUGCCCGACACGGUCGACCAGGACUAUCUGGACCCGCUGGACGGUCCGGCGGCGAGUGUGGUUUGCUACUACAUCGUGCACGGCAACGAGGAUGGACACUUUGGACUGGAUCCAGUGUCACACGAUCUAACGGUGGAGAAAGAGCUCGAUCGGGAGAAAAAAUCUCUGUACAAGCUGCACAUUAAGGCGACGGAGGAGUGCACCAACGCGAAUCUAUCGUUGGACACGACCGGUCACUCGGGCAAUCUCCUAAAGGCUACUGUGUACAUAAACGACAUCAACGACAACUCGCCUGUGUUUGAGUCGAAAAUAUUCACCGGCGGUAUCUCAACGUCGUCGCUGUUCGGUGCCACAAUUCUUCAGCUGCAGGCCACGGACGAAGACGAUGGAUUGAACGGAUUGGUUCGGUACUAUCGGCACGGCGAGGUGCGGAAAACGCUUGCCGAGGGGUUGGACGAUUUGCGCAGCGAUCCGUUCCUGGUCGAGGUGGACACGGGCAAAGUGUUGCUGAACUUUUUCCCCCAGAAGUCGAUGCGCGGCUACUUUGACUUUUCCGUGCUGGCGAACGAUUCGUACGGCUGCCACGAUCGGGCGCACGUGUUCAUCUAUCUGAUUCGGGAGGAUCAGCGGGUAAAGUUUAUACUGCGCCAACGGCCGUCUGAGAUUCGUCACAACAUUCAAAGUUUUCGCGAGAUCUUGAGCAAUGUCAGUGGAUGCAUCGUGAACAUUGACGAUAUACGGGUGCACGAGAAUCCGGACGGUUCGGUUGAUAGGACCAAGAGCGACAUGUUUAUGCAUCUGGUUGAUCAGAAGAACAACUCCGUGCUGGAGGUACACCAGGUGCUGCAGUUGCUGGAUACGCACGUGGAGAAGCUUGAUCGACUGUUUAAGGAAUUCAAUGUUCUAGACACUCAAGCGUCGGAGCUGGUCCAAACGGCAGAGAUGGACGAGCUGUCCGUCAACAUAAUAUGGCUGUUUGUGACCAACAUUUUGCUCGGCGCGCUGCUGAUCGUUGUAAUAGGACUGUCGAUCUCACAGCGUUUAUCCUACCGCAGACAGCUACGGGCAGCGAAGAUAGCUGCCUUUGGCUCCACCGGUCCUAGUCGCAUGUAUCAGGAAGUGCUCGGCGCCGUACCGAACACGAACAAACACAGCAUGAAGGGCAGCAACCCGAUCUGGAUCGGCAGCGGCACACCGGAGGGCGAAUGGGCGAAGGACGAGUUCGACAAGUGCAAGGAUGCGAUCGACGCACAGUACGAACGAUCGCUCAGCUCGGGCUUCUUCAUCGACAACUGUCUGCAGUACGAGGCACGGAAGGGUUUCGCCGGGGCCGAAGCGAACAACGCCGCCAACUAUCAGCUCAAGCGGGACAGCGAGACGACGCUGUGCGCCCGGAACUUGGAAACGACCGAACUGUAAAUAUAGCAGUAUCUGUGUACAUACGUUACCCUUUUCUUCCACUCCUUCUCCAUCGCGUAUCGCGUAUCAAUAAAGUAGAACGAAAUGAAAAAA